UUUUAAAUUAAAAAUAUACCCGAUCGUUCAGUGGAUAGAAUCCAAAAGCAAUGUCGAAUGCAGAUCUACACCGCGAGCGUCAAACGGCAACAAUUUCAAGUGAAGACUUUGCAGAGUGGUGGGCGGGCGGUCGCGUUGCAUUGCGUGAGCGUAGAGCUUUGGAGAAGUUAUUUUUAGACAACGAUGGUUUCGCAGAUCCCCAGCACAUAGCGCUGAUGUCGCACAAAGAACUUUAUGAGUAUACAAUUGCGAAAGCCUGCAAAUUUUUGAACCAACUGCGCGCUUGGCACGCAACUAAAGCUGAGGCCAAUGACACAACAAAUACUAAGCAGAGUGCAAUUGCCGAAUUGUAUGAUUUCCGUAUGCUGUUAUCAGGUCCACUAGGUACAGCGCUAUUUCAACAAAGCUUUCCGCUGCGUUUGCAUUUCUCAAUGUUUCUGCCAGCAUUAUUAGGGCAGAGCACGAAAGAACAGCAGCGUGAGUGGUUAGAACGCGCUUGGCGCAUGGAUGGUAUUAUUGGUACAUACGCGCAGACAGAAUUGGGACAUGGCACUUUCAUACGCGGCCUGGAGACGCGCGCCGACUACAAUGGGCAGAGUGAGGAGUUCAUCUUGAAUACGCCAACUCUUACUGCCUAUAAAUGGUGGCCUGGUGGUUUGGGACACGCUGCCAAUAUGGUGAUCAUUAUGGCACAGUUGUAUAUUAAGGGGAAACAUUAUGGUUUACAUCCGUUUCUAGUGCGUAUACGCAAUGCUGAAACACACCUGCCGGAGCCAGGUGUAGACGUGGGUGAAAUUGGACCGAAGAUGAGUUUGAAUGGUGUAAACAAUGGAUUUCUCGGCCUCAAAGAUGUACGAAUACCUCGCAGGCAAAUGUUGAUGAAAAAUGCACAAGUUUUACCGAACGGUCGCUUUGUGAAGGGCCCAGAACCAUUGCUUACCUAUGGCACCAUGGUAUUUGUGCGUGUAAUAAUCAUAAGGGACGUCUCAUUCGGGUUACUGCAGGCGGCUACCAUUGCUACUAGAUAUUCAGCUGUGCGUCGGCAGAGCCCUAUUGCACCCGAUCAACCAGAGCCGCAAAUAUUGGAUCAUACGACUCAACAGGCAAAAUUGUUUCCGCAAAUUGCAAAUGGUAUCUUUUUCCGUAUUGCGGCCGAUGUAGUUUGGCAUAUGUAUCAGAGUGUAAUGAAGGAAUUGGAAGCCGGAAAUCGCCGCAACCUGCCCGAGUUGCAUGCCUUAUCUUGCUGCUUGAAGGCAGUCUGUUCAGCCGAGGCCGAGAGAGGCGUUGAAAGUUUGCGCAAAUCUUGCGGUGGCCAUGGCUAUUUAAGCUCAUCAAACUUGCCACAAAUAUAUGGUCUCACCACUGCCGCUUGCACAUAUGAGGGUGAGAACACAGUGCUACUGCUACAAACUGCGCGUUUUCUCGUCAAACAAUACGCGGAAGGACUGAAGCGUAAAGUUUUACCACACAGCGUCACUUAUCUGCGUAACGCAGCACGUCCAAAGUGGGACAAGGUUGUCGAGCUAAAAACGCUGGUGCGUCUACUGGAAUUAGCGGCUACGGAGCAUAUUCGAAACACCUUCGAGUACUUACGAAAGCAGCGGAAAAUAGCGAAGUCUGAGCAAGUGGCUGCCAAUAAGACUGGCAUACGCUUAACGCAGGCAGCAACGCUACAUGGACGCGCCUUUCUAGCGCGCAUUGCAUUUGAAGAGGUCGAGAAGUUUUGCAAGGAAUUGAAACCCUCUUUGGCAGCUGUGCUAAAGCAAUUGGUGGAGUUGUUUGUUUUGGAGUUUUGCUUGACGAGUUUAAGUGAUAUUUUAUUGGCAUUUCAGCUUAAUGCGCGGCAAGUAGAUGAAAUGCGGACACGUUAUGAACGUUUGUUAGCGGACAUCCGGCCUAAUGCUGUUGCGGUCGUGGAUGGUUUUGAUUUUAAUGAUCGCGUUUUGGGAUCCACGCUGGGUUGCUACGAUGGACGUGUGUAUGAACGUUUGAUGGAGGAGGCGCGUAAGAGCACCUUGAACCAGGAGGCGGUCAAUAAAACAUUUGAAACGCAUCUAAAACCGCUGAUGCAGGGCAAGCUGUGAACAUUUAAUUCUUAUAGAAACAGUUAAAUUGUUUAGAGACAAGCGUUAUUUGAAAAUGGAUUUAAUGGGUGGUGACCGUAUUCAAAAUAUAUUUUUUUAUUGUUUUUCACAUUUUAUCGUCUUAACUACAUAAAUUGU